AUGAGUUCUCUUGAAGACCUCAUCCCCACUCAUCAUCCGCCGCCCACCAAGUCCUUGGGUUCGCCGCCCACCAAGAGCUUAUCCUUGGGUUCGCCGCCCACCGAGAUCUCAUCCGAACCCACCCUUCAGCACCCACCGAGAUCUCAUCCUCACCCACCCUUCAGCACUCACCGAGGUCUCAUCCACACCAUUUCGCCGCCCACCAGGAGCACACCUUCGCCCUCGCCGCCCAGCGAGACCUCAUCCUCGCCCACCUCUCAGCACCCACCAAGAUCUCAUCCUAACCCACCUUUCAGCACCCACCUAGAGCCCAUCCUUACCCAUCAUUCGCCGCCCACCAAGUGCUCAUCCUUGGGUUCGCCGCCCACCGAACCCAAGUCCAUCCGCCUACCAAAAGUCCAUCCUCGCCCACCAAGAGCUUAUCCUUGGGUUUGCCGCCCACCGAGACCUCAUCCUCGCCCACCUUUCGCCGCCCACCAAGAGCCCGUCCUCGCCCUCGCCGCCCAUCGAACCUCAUCCUCGCCCACCUUUCGCCGCCCACCAAGAGCACACCCUCGCCCUCCCGCCCACCAAAACCUCAUCCUCGCCCACCCUUCGCCGCCCACCGAAACCCUCUUCCUCCGAUCAUUCACGCGACCGCAUCUCGACCCACCGCACGUGAACCCACACUCAUCGACCUCCGUGACCUCAUCCUAG